GUCCAACCUUGGACCAAUGAAUUUUUGACUUUCAUACGCUUUUCGUGUCCGAGCUUCAUCUAAAGUGCUUUACCUAUUGGCGAGGAAUUCCGUUAAAAAGAGGCUGAGACAGAAAUAGAUGGAGCCAUUCUACAUUCUGUCUUAAUCGCCCAUUCUUUCUGUACAUUUCGCAUCUGAUCUUGUUGCUUUGUAGCACAUCGACAGCAUCACAAUAGCAUCCUUCUUCAUUCUCCUCAUUUCCUUCUGUAAUAGUGACACGACUUCCCGUUCUGUGAUACCCGCCGCCGACAUCCCGACAUCUAAUCUUCUUUGCCCCUCGGCCGUCUUUAAUUCUUUAUUGGCUCCCUUGUUACUACUGGGCUCGAAAUCGCAUAGCCAGCCAACUUUGAAUUCGCGCCUUAUUACGUCUCUCUCCUUCGAAACUAGACCCUGCUUUCACCCGAUUUGAGUCAGUAUUAGAAACCCCAACCCGGCUACUAUAAAUCGGUGUUUUUGGAGGACUGCGUCAUCACCAUGCCGGGGUUCGCAGACUCUUUUUGGUCGACAGACUAUGCCGCAGGCCUGGGCGUCCUGUUUACCAAGCUCCAGCAAGGUGUCCAGGAGAACAAGCAAGUCUUGACGAUCGCUCGAAUGCGAGCCGAAGCCGAAGAGAUCUACGGCCAGCGACUUGGGGAGAUUGCGCCCGCAGCCGACAAGAUUACUGGUGGCUUCUCGCGUGACGACGGCGCGAGUGUGCGAAAAGCCUACGAUGGUGUCCGAUCCGAGAUGGAGGAUGCUUCAAAAAGUCACAAGAAGAUCGCACAGGGUAUUCGAGACCUGGUCGUGAACCCCUUUGCGCGGUGGUGCGACGCUCACGAAUCCCGCAUCCAAGAUUCCCAAGAUGACUUGCAAACUCGUAUAAAAGCUCACGAUCGCCAAGCCGAGUUGGUCAAGAAGCUACGGAGCAACUAUUUUAAUAAGUGCCGCCUAGUCGAAGACCUCGAGGAGGAAAAUAAGCUAGCCUUUCAAGACCCGGAAACGAGCCCCAAGCAGAAUCAGAAUAUACCCGAGAUCAAGGUAUCGCCUAAUGAAAAGGAAGGUGAGGAAGAUGAUGAGAUAUACGAGAUCGGCGAUGAGACAUACCAGACGGAACAGGUCAAGAAGAUACUAUCUCACAUGUUGAACACUAUAAAAAUGGGUGAGACUAAAGUACCCAUCCUGGGAACAUACCUCAACACCUCGUCCGGUUCCGAUAUAGUUGAGUACAUGCAACGGCAUAUGGGAUCGACCAGUAUCAGCUACGCCGAACGGAUUGGACAGGAUUUAGUGUCGAACGGCUUCCUUCGUCUGGUUGGUAAUGUUGGCAAUAACUUUGCGAACAGCUCGAAAUUCUUCUACCAGUGGCGACCGAAGGCAUUCCAGCUAGCAGGUGUUCCGGAGAAGAAGGCGACGUUUGGAAGGACGUUUUCCAUGCCUUCAAAUCCCGAGAGCGGGUCCGACUCCCCUGUCGUGGGCGCCGUUAGCGAAUACUUGUCGGGCUGGAAUGUUCUCGGUAGCCAACACCCUAACGAGACCCCCCCGGAACGUCUACGUCGCGAGGCUAGGGAAGCCGAUGAGAAGUACAAGGCUAGUGUUCAGAAGCUAGACGAAAUGCGCUGUGAGCUAGAGGAAGCUAUCUUCGUGCACUUAAGGUUCCUCGAGCGCUGCGAGCUGGACAGGCUAAAAGCCAUCAAGACGGUCAUUCUCGAUUUCUCGGGCACCAUUGGAAAUGUCAUCCCGAGCUUACAGUCUGCGGUGGACCGCAUGGUUCUAUACCAGGAGACAGUUCAGCCCAUAGGAGACUUGCGAUAUCUCUUAGAGAAUUACAGGACAGGUCGCUUUGCGCCGCGGGUUGUCACGUAUGAAAACUACUAUAACAAGGUUGACGAGCAGACAUUCGGCGUAGAUCUAGAGGCUAGGGCUAGGGCGGAUAAGAAGCGCGUCCCUAUUAUCAUCACAACGCUGCUGACGUAUCUGGACAAUCACUACCCGGAUCUCGAAGGAGACGAAGCAAGACGAGGGGUGUGGCUUACGGAAGUUCAGCUCCCGCAAGUUCAUAAAUUGCGUACCAAAGUAAAUAAUGGCAAACCCUUUACUACCGACGAACUCUCAGAAUUCGACGUUCCCACUGUUGCGUAUCUGCUAAAACUAUAUCUCUUGGAACUCCCAGAUUCACUGGUAUCCUCUCAUGUAUAUGAGAUCAUCAGGACUAUCUACCAAACGCCAACGUCGGAGAAUACUGACGACGCACGUAUCGCUGUUCUGCAGCAGACUCUCUCACAAUUACGACUCACGAAUAUCGCUACGCUUGACGCAUGUAUGAACCAUUUUACGAGACUAAUAGACCUAACGUCAGCGGACGAGCAAUACGUCCAGGAACUCGCGACAUCCCUGGCUCCUUGCAUCUUGCGUCCGAAGACUGAAACCUCGUUAACAAUGGAGGAGAAGCACACAUAUCGCUUAGUCCGCGAUUUAUUUGCGCACAAAGACGCUAUCUUCAGCGAGCUGAAACGUAUGUCGAGCCUCACACACUCGGGGUCGGUUAACAACAACCGACCUCGAGCUAUUAGCACGGAUGAGAGCAAUAGGAGAGCCCACAUGGAAGAGAGGCAACGGGCCCUGCUAGAGAAGGCAGGCCCACGCGGGCGCGCUACUAGUCCGGCGCCAGGACUCCGCCAUCGACGUGAUAGGAGCACGGGUGGACCCGAGACCCGAUUUCCCAUCGCCAGCCCGACGACGGCUAACGAGCGCCAACGGAGUAGCCUUGGCAGCCUCGGUACCGUGAAGAGGUCCAGUCUCGAGGUUCCUGAUGGAACGGGACAACCGCCGGCGGAGGUAAACGGAAGCGCUAACGGAGACUCCCCCAAGACGGAACCCGAACACAUGGUUUCCAAGCGAGAUAGUCUGAACCGAAGCAGCGCUAGGUUCGUUGGCGGCCGCAGAGUCACGACCUCUUCGUCGACAGGAACUGGGAGCACACCUUCCACUCCUGUUAGCAAGGCAGCGGAUAGCGGAACCCCGAUCCACGACCGCGGUGUGCAACUCGUCGACGCACCGAUGGACGACUAGUAACGCGUGAGCUGUCCACAUACCUGGGGUCAUGUGAGCCGGUACCGGAGGCCGCAAGGUGAUAUCUUGACACGCAUCUGGCUAGUCGGCGUCUAUUUUUCCAGUAUAAGAAAGGGGUUCAUUUCCUCGUAUAAGGGGAAAAGGGAAAACUUGAUGGAAGGACUUAUCGGCGGAGCCGCUUAGCCUACGUAUAAUGUAAAAUGUCGCUAUACGCAUGUACAAGAUUGUCGUUGUUAUUGCUCUCGUUGCUGCUAUUGGUGUUGUACUACGUAUCACACACACAUAUCCGCCCACCCCUACGACGGAAAGAUCCCAAGGCUCGGCUAAGAUAGGAUGGUUUAGUUCGUCUAUUCUACAUAUCAGCCCAGCCUAGGCGUAUCCCGUCUUCCCCUUUCCCCUCGUCAUUUCUUUUGUCUUGUCUUACUUCUAGUUUUCCGACUACUAUUAACUACUACUACUACUAGAGCGCGUUUACAAAAAUUCGGAGGGUGGAUAGGCAAAGCAAGCAAGCAAGCAAGCAAGCCAAGGGGCUUGUUGGCUUGCUCUCGUACGUUUUGUACGUUGAUUAUGACAUACCUUAGGUAUAUAGUUGAGUUGAAUUGAAUUGAAUCUUAAGAUGAUUAUUUGGCUAUA